AUUUAAAUUUUAUUUCAAUUAAAACCUUUUAAUUUUUGGAUUCGUUUGAUAAAUUCAAUCAGUAGUAAUCGAUAUACCUGAUUUGAAUUCUUCUGCAGAGGUAAGAAAUCUGAACAGGAAGAUGUCUCUGGAUUUGGUUCUGAAGCCAUCAUGCAGUGGCUGCGGAUCGUCGUCGGAGCUGUACGGAAGCACUUGUAAGCACUUGACUCUCUGCGUGUCGUGUGGCAAAACCAUGGCUCAGAACCACGGCACCUGCAACAAGUGCGGCACUCCAAUCACACGCUUGAUUCGGGAAUACAAUGUUAGAGCAUGCUCUACCAGUGAAAAGAAUUACUUCAUUGGGAGAUUUGCUACAGGUUUGCCAAAUUUUUCAAAGAAAAAGAAUGAAAACAAGUGGUGUCUGCAGAAAGAAGGUUUGCAAGGACGCCAAGUAACUGAUGCUCUGCGGGAGAAGUUUAAGAAUAGACCCUGGUUAUUGGAGGAUGAAUCAGGUCAGUCUCAGUUCCAUGGUCAUCCUGAGGGUGCACAAUCAGCAACCUACUACCUACUAAUGUUGCAGGGUAGAGAAUUUGUUGCCAUUCCUGCUGGUUCCUGGUACAACUUCAACAAAGUUGCACAGUACAAGCAGCUUACUUUGGAAGAAGCAGAAGAAAAGAUGAAUAACAGAAGGAAAACUGCUGAUGGUUACCAAAGAUGGAUGAUGAAAGCAGCAAGUAAUGGACCUGCUGCCUUUGGAGAAGCUGGAAAAUUUGAUGACAAGGAAAGUGGAGCUGGUGGUGGGAGGGCAAGGAGAAAAUCUGGUGAUGAUGAGGAGGGCAAUGCGUCAGACCAAGGAGAAGAAGAUGAAGAAGAGGAGGCAGCUAGGAAACGUAGAUCAGGACUCAACAAAAAAGGGGGUGAUGAUGAUGAAGAGGGACCCAGAGGUGGUGAUCUUGAUCUGGAUGAUGAUGAUAUUGAAAAAGGUGAUGAUUGGGAGCAUGAAGAAAUUUUCACAGAUGAUGAUGAAGCUCCUGGAAAUGAUCCGGAGGAAAGGGAAGAUUUGGCUCCUGAAAUCCCCGUUCCUCCGGAAAUUAAGCAGGAUGAUGAGGAUGAGGAUGAAGCUGAUGGGGAAGGAGGAGGGGGUUUGAGCGAAUCAGGUAAAGAGUUGAAGAAAAUUCUAGGAAAAGCUAAUGGGAUGAAUGAAUCAGAUCCAGAGGAUGAUGAUGACGAUGAUGAGGAAGAUGAUUUCUCAUCACCUGUAUUGGCUCCAAAGCUGAAAGUAACUCCAAAAGAGGAUCAAGCUGAGACCAGCAGUCCAGGGAAGCCACAUGGUUCGAGUUCCACUCGAGCAGGCUCAUCAGCUUUGAAGUCAACGAAGGGUAAAAGAAAAGCCAGUGUGGAUGAACCAAAAUCUGCAAAUGUUGCUGCUUCAAAAAAAGCGAAAACAGAAACGGAAGUGAAGCCAGUGAAAGAAGAAGCUAUUCCACCUGCUGCUAAUAACAGUAGCAUCCCCAACAGUUUGACAUCAUCAUCAUCUUUGACCCCACAGCCACCUGCAAGAACCGCUCCAACACCAGUGACUGAAGAUGAAAUUAGAGCUGUUUUGCUGCAGCAAAGGCCAGUUACCACUCAGGAUCUUGUCAACCAAUUUAAAUCUCGACUGAAAACAAAAGAGGACAAGAACACUUUCGCAGCUGUAUUGAGGAGAAUCUCCAGGAUACAGAAGACCGAAACUGCUAAUUAUGUAGUCUUGCGAGAGAGGACUAACCAGUAAGGCCAGAGUUGUGGUUUUCACUUGAUGAGUUCUCCAACCUCAACUGAUGAUAUUAGCGCAAGAUGCAAGAGGGUCAAGCAUGAAGUACUCUUUGUUUUUUGUAAAAAAAAAACAUUAUGGAGAGUAAAGAAAUGGACAAAGAAGGAAUUAACUUUGACUUUAUACAUGCAUUGCAUUUUUUUAAAUUUCAGUUGGUUAUUGCAACUUUAAAUCUCAACAUACAGAAUGAAUGUUGCUUUGUUAUCAACUUUUUGAUUGCAGGAAAAUAAGUUGUCUCAAAUGAUUUCAAUAGUUGAUGUAUACAUAUUACCCUAAAA